AGUAAAAAGCGAGCAAGAGAGGUGCAAGAAAACCACGACGAGGUAAAAAACGCGGACACUCAAUGGCCACGCUCGCGGCGAAUGGUUCUUCACGGUUCUCCCCGGCGGAACGGCCAGCAAUUUUAGCAGCGCUCGAGGAGUUCACGAACGCGCUGGCCAUUUACCACAGCACGCUGAGAAAGCCCACGGAACACGAUAACGAUAUUCUCGUCGACUGUUUGCCCCUCGAUACCGACCACCUGAAAGCAUUUGCCGAGAAGAUUAUGAAAAUCCAAGAUGCGAAUGAACGAGCCACCGAUAAGAAAGCUUACCAGAACAGUUUAUACAUGAUGAGAAUCAUGGAAGAUCUGAAAGAAGAGAUCCGUGAACAGGGAACUUUCGAGGUAUUAUCAAAAGAGAUCGAGAAAAUCGUAACACGCGAGAAAGAGGUAGAAGCUCUGCUGAAAGAGGAAAAGGAGGUAAGAAGAACCGCGGCAGAGUUGCGGAAAAUAAUCGCCGAGAGGAAGGUAGCCAACGAGCAAGAGAAGAGACGAAUACUGAACGAGCUCUCGGAAGAACAGUGUAGCAUGGAAAAACUGAAACUAAUCGCGAACACGGUGCUGGAGUAUGUUAUGGAAUGGGAGAAAGCGAAAUGCGAGCAGAACUCGUUGCGCUGCGAUAUGGAAAUAGAAAAAUUGAAGGAGAUAUUAAACAACUGGCGCGUGCGUGAGAAAAAUAAGGACCGUGUUCACGCUGAGCUAACGAAAUUUUUGAUCCAGGAUACAGCGUCACUAGAGAGAAAAACGAAAGAAUGGGAGGAACGAUACGAUCGAGAAAAAGAGACGUACGAGAAGGAAAUCCGGCAGCUACGUAUCGAGACAGAAACACGUCGAAAGCAGUUGGACGAACUUAAAGAAGAGCAUCGUCGCAAUCAAGAGUUCAUAGACACGUAUCUAGCAGAAAAGGAAGCACUGAAGAAAGAGAAGGAGCUACAGGAGUGCAUACGAAAAAGCGCAAUCAAGAUUCAAGCUUGGUGGCGAGGUGUUAUGGUCCGUCGGAAGUUAGGGCCGUAUCGACCUAUGGAAAAAAAGAAAAAGCGUCAGGUCAAGACGAAAAAAUAAUUAUCUUUAUAGUUAACCCAUUCCUUAAUGCCAAGUCUUACAAAUACGUAUCCAUUUACAUAUCCCUCUUGAGACAAUGCUCAAAUGAGAACACUAUUUAAGUAAAACUUGAGUAAAAG